AUGUCUGAAUUCUUAGGCUCUCGUAUCUCACUGAUAUCCAAGAGUGAUAUCCGCUACGUUGGAACUCUUCACGAAAUCAACUCGGACGAGUCUACGGUAUCACUGGAGAAUGUUCGUUCCUUUGGCACCGAGGGGCGAAGGGGCAGACCCGAGGAGGAGAUUUCCCCGUCUGAUCAAGUGUAUGAGUACAUUGUGUUUCGUGGCAGUGAUGUGAAGGACCUGCGAAUCGAAGAACAUCCUGCUAUCAAGGAGACAAAACCCCCCGCCAUGCCAGACGACCCAGCCAUUGUUGGAGCUCGAACCAGAGACGUUCAACAACCGCAAUCAUCAAGCGGAGGUUUCCAACCUCCCUAUCCACCCCAAAAUGGCCCCUAUGGCGGACCAUUACCACACUACUCUUGGGGUCGUGGUGGCGGCCCUGGCCCUAUGCCAGGUCCCGGGUUCGCUGGAGUACCUUACCCUCCUCCUCCGGGAUGGUUACCGCCUGGUCAAGGAUACCCCUCGGGCCCAGGACCCUGGAGCAACCCUCAGUUUCCUAGUGGCCCUGGCGGGCCUACAGGACCAGAUGUAGCUCAAAGAGGGCCGCCGUCGGUUCCGUCACAGGAUGCCAAAUCAGGCUCUGGUGGAGAUCAAGCGAAAACAUCUACUCCCGUACUCGCCGAACCAAAAUCUCUUGCCCAAGCUGGGCGGCAGACUCUCAAUGGGCCGAAUCUGCCUGUAGAUUCCAAGCCCUCAGUUGAGGAAGUCAAGGCUGUUGCUACGAACCUAAGUAAUGGGCCCACACCCAAUAAGAGCAAGGCAUCUACACGGCCUACGCCUGCGGUUCCCCUCAUGGGCAAUGCACCCAAGCCCUUUCAACUUCCCAAUACUGGGAAGCCAGCUCCUCCUGCCAGCGUGAGGGCUCCCCCAACCUCGGCACCACCAAGUGUUGAAGACGCCACUAGUGCCGCUCGGGCUGCCGUUGCCGUUGCCAUGGCCCAGCUAGGCAAUAGUGGAAGUACUGCCAUGGAUAACCUGACAAACAAGGUCAACGAGAUGCGUGUUCACGCCAACAGAGGAGCGUCUGGCGGCCGCGGUCGUGGACGAGGUGGCCGACAGGGAUUUGCGAAGGUUGAGGUCCCUGACUCCGACUUUGAUUUUGCUCAGUCAAAUGCCAAGUUCAACAAGGAAGACAUUGUCAAGGAAGCCAUCGCCAGUGGUGAUGUAGUCGAAUCUAUAAGCGAGCCUGUCAUCAAAGAAACUGAAACCCAUCCCGGCAGCAGUGAUACCACUGGCUCGUAUAACAAGUCCAGAUCAUUCUUCGACAAUAUCUCCAGCGAAUCUAGAGAGAGGGCCGAAAACGGCGGUCAGAAACCUGGUGGACGAGAGUGGCGAGGAGAAGAACAGCGCAAGAAUAUGGAAACCUUUGGACAAGGUAGCGUUGACGGUGGAUAUCGCAACUACCGUGGACGCGGACGAGGCCGCGGAGGCCGUGGCAGAGGAGGCUUCGGCCGAGGCGGACGUGGUGGUAACCGCCCACAGUAUUCGGCGACUGUCGCCGAUCAUCAAUGA